AAAGGCCUGUAUCAUCAAUACCAACCACUAGUAGCAUCCAGCCCGCCCCUGGAUGCGACAUCGAAGACCCUGAAAAUCCAAGACCCAUUCAUCACCAGAGCAUUCCAGUGACUCACUCCUACUGACGGAACCACCCUCCCAGGCAUCUCCAUCCGUUGCCGGGCUACGGGCUUCCAUGUCCACUCACUGACGUCUGUCUGCCCCAGAAAGCCAAGAGAAAGAGAAAGAGAGAGAGAUGGGCUGGCUCCCUUGGGCCUAACAUUUAUCCAGAGCAGCACAUCCAUUACAAGACACCCCAAGACUUCAGCACGCUCCAAGCAUGGCAAUGAAGGGCAUUAGCCUAGGCCUGCACCGCAUAUCCAGGGCUCUCGAAGGCGUCCCGCAGAAGUGGGAUGCCAUCCACGUUGCCGGGACCAACGGCAAGGGCACCACCUGCACGUACCUUGCGGCCCUCUGCCGGUCCUUCGGCAUAUCCAACGGCCUUUUCACCUCACCUUACCUUGUCGAGCCGCGCGACGCCAUCAAGAUCAAUGGCGUCCCCGUCCAGCAAGAUAUCUACAACGACGUCCGACGUAAGAUCCUGGACGACGAGCAAGCCCGUUUAUCGCAAGAUACAUCGCAGGAAGCCCUAACCAUCUUCGAGGUGACUACCCUCAUCGCUUUUGGCGUUUUUGGCCGCGCCGACGUGCAGAUGGGUCUCGUCGAGGUCGGCCUUGGCGGGCGACUCGACUCAACAAACGCCCUCAAGCGGAAGAAGGUCACCGUCAUUACCAAGAUCGGCCUCGACCACCAGGCCUUCCUCGGCAACACCCUACCCGAGAUCGCCAAGGAGAAGGCCGGCAUUAUGAUGGCCGGUGUCCCGUGCGUCGUCGACGGGAGCAACCCGCCCGAAGUCCUCGAGGUCUUCCGGCAGCACGCGGCAAGUGUCUCGGCACCGCUGCACCUCACCACAAAUCAGACCGGCCUGCUGGAGACCCUGUAUCGAUCCGAAUUAAUGCCUCACCAAGCCCAGAAUAUGGCAUGCGCCAUCACAGCUUUUCAGCUUGCUUACCCGCAUCUGGACCUCUCCGUCGAGAAGGCAUUGCCGAUCUUGAAGGACAUCACACAUCUGGGCAGGCUGUCCUGGUUGGAACUCGGCGAGAAGUACCCGUCACGAAAAGGGAAGCCCAUUCUCAUUGACGGGGCUCAUAACCCGCAGUCGGCCGAGACUCUGUCCACGUAUGUCGAGCGACGCCUGCGGGAUGCAGACAAACCCGUUACGUGGAUCGUGUCGGUCUCUAAACAGGACGGAAAGGACGCUGGAGGCAUGCUUCGCACCUUGCUGAGGCCCGGCGACAGUGUCGCUUGCGUACUUUUCUCCAAGCGAGAGACCAUGCCCUGGGUUGAACCCUUACCGCUGGACACCUUGAGGGAAAUGGCAUCAAACGCAGGCGCGAAGGAGAUUUUCAUGGGUGAGGGAGGUCUUGAGGCGGCCACUCAAUGGGCUGUCGAUACUGCGAGAGACGGACCUGUUGUUUUGACUGGGAGCCUUUAUCUGGUUGGAGAUGCCUACAGAAGUCUGUCAUGAAAAAGGGUUGAAUCAAGUAUCAAGGAUCAAGGCAAAGUGCAUGGCAAUACACCACUCUGGCAUAUUGCGCCAGCAUGGUACGAUUAGAUUCGUGAAGAUUGUGGUUUCUCUGCGGCUCUCGCUGACCGUGACGAUCUCACUUCAUUCAUUCGCGAAACCUU